AUACAUUCUGUCAGUUAAGUUGUAUUAGUGGUUAGUAAUUAUAUGGGAUAGUACUUCAUCUCUCUGUGUUGACGACAUUGGCCACAAGCUAAAGCCAAAAGCUCUACCAAAAAAUGUCUCUUCCCUCAUGGCUCUGGUUUACUAUGUUGUCCAUGCUUUCAGUCAUCACCACUGUGUCCGCCUCCUCUAUUGCGAAACCCGGUUGCCUAGAUAAGUGUGGAGACGUAACAAUUCCGUACCCAUUUGGCAUCGGCCUAGACGGAGCUUGUUCCUUAAAUCAGCCAUAUAACAUAAAUUGCAACACUUCCUAUGAACCGCCAAAACCCUUCAUAGGCAGGACUAACUUGGAAAUCAUGGACAUCUCCGAUAGUGGCGAGAUGCGAAUAGUCAAUUUUAUGGCCACCAGAUGCUACCAAGGAGGUCAGGUUGUGGAAUCUAGUCAAUCUACGAUUGCAGCACACAUAAGUGUCAACACUUUGCCACUUGUGUUUUCUGACACAGCAAAUAAGUUCACUGUCAUUGGUUGUGAUGAUCUAGCUUUGGUCGGAGAUACUGAUGGACAUACCAGUGGUUGCAUUGCAACAUGUACCAGCUUAGAGGAUGUGAUUAAGUAUAAUGGUUCGUGUUCGGGGAUUGGUUGCUGCCAAACAGCCAUCCCAAAGGGCGUCAAAUUAUUCUUGACAUCACUAGAAAGUUUACACAACCAUACCAAUGUGUCUGACUUUAAUACGUGUGGCGCUGCUUUCUUAGCUGAGGAAAACAAGUUCACGUUCAAUGUUGCUGACCUUUCUAACCACUCCGCGUUUAUUGAUAGAACGAUUGCCAGUGUUCCGGUGGUGCUCGAUUGGUUUGUUGGUGUUAAUCAGACCUGUCACCAAGCUCAACAGACGCAGUCCACGUCUGGUUAUGCUUGCCAGGAGAAUACCAAUUGCACCAAUAUUGAUGCUGGCUCUGAAUCAGGGUACCGUUGUAGUUGUCUUCCUGGUUAUCAGGGUAAUUCUUAUCUUAGUCCUGGAUGUACAGGUCAGUCUUUCUCGCUUAUUCAUUCCCCAACAUGUUAA